AAGGUGGCUAAUUUGAAAAUCAGGCGUGGAUAUGUUGGUUCUUUUCGAGACAGCUGCGGGUUAUGCAGUAUUUAAGGUCCAUGAUGAAAAAGGUGUUCGUGAAAUCGACGAUUUGGCCAAAGCAUUCGAAGAUACGGCCACAAUGAAUCAGCUAAUCCAGCUUGAGCGCUUUGUCCAGUUCAAAGAUACGAAAGAUGCAUUAGUAGGACCCAGUUUGAUUUGUUUAAUCAACUGGGAAUUCUAUAUCGUACCAGAUUAUAAUAUUGAAUGAAGCCAUUAAUAAUAAUGACUUUAUUGUUAGAAAAUUUAUAGAUCGAGCUAAUUGCUAUAUCUUUUUUUGUAGCUGCUUCGGACAUUAUGGAAGGAAAACUAUCUAAAAAAUUAAAAAAGCUUCUGAAAAAGUUGUAUGUCAAAGAGCUAAGAGACGAUGUGCUUGCAGUUGCCGAUAAAAAGUUGUCAGUGGACAUUAAUACGAAAAUGAGUAUACCAACAGUUAGUGAUUCUCUUGUGCAAAACCUCAUGCGAGGAAUACGGACACACAUUGAUAACCUCCUUCCUGUCGUUGAAGACAGUCACAUGAUGAGGAUGCGCUUAGGUUUAGCUCACAGUCUUGAUAGAUAUAAACUGAAAUGUAACCCAGACAAAAUUGAUACCAUGAUAGUUCAGGCAGUCGGCCUUAUGGACGAGCUAGAUAAAGAAAUAAACAACUAUAUAAUGCGUGCUAAAGAAAUGUACGGGUGGCAUUUUCCUGAAUUGUCGAAGAUAGUUUUGGAUAAUGUAACAUACGUCAAAGUAGUCAAACGCAUCGGUCAUAGAACAAAUUCAAAUGUUGACUUGUCAGACCUCGUGCCGGAUGAAAUAGCUAGUCAAAUUAGAGAGGCCUCUAUAGUCUCCCUAGGAACAGAAGUAAUCGAUGAGGAUAUUACUAUGAUCAACGAACUGUGCGAUCAGGUACUUGAAGCUUCUGCUUCCCGUACUCAGCUCCACGAUUAUCUUAUCAAGCGAAUGGUGGCAGUAGCUCCAAAUUUGACAGCUCUCGUUGGAGAACUUUUGGGCGCUAGGCUAAUAGCUCGGGCAGGAACACUUGUCAACCUAGCUAAACAUCCUGCUUCAACAGUCCAGAUACUAGGAGCUGAAAAGGCAUUAUUCCGAGCAUUAAAGACACGACAUAACACUCCGAAAUACGGUCUGUUGUAUCAUGCCACACUAGUGACACAGUCAGACAAUCAAUUCAAGGGUAAAAUGUCACGAAUGUUGGCUGCAAAAGCAUCACUAUCAGCUCGUCUAGAUGCUCUUGGUGAAGAGGGUGCUGACACAGAAAUGGGCAUACGAGCAAGGGCAUAUUUAGAAAAAAGACUUCGACAGUUAGAAGCUGGAACUUUUAACCCAAAAUUAUCGGCGGUUAAGCGGGGACUAAAGUCAGAGGAUGGUCAACCGAAAUCAAAGAAGAUGAAGGUGGACGAGUGAAUAAUAAUCAUUUCAAUGUACAUAUGUUGCAAAAAUAUACAUUAUCACCUGAUUUGCUCCUGUUGAGCAGUCAUAAUAUGUAGUCAAGUUUUAAUGGAAUAACAAUUAUGUCGACAAGAGACUC